AUGCAAUUCCAGAACGAACAAUCAAUAGCAAUUACAGCAUAUGAAAUCGACAUGGACAGCACAGCGGAAGUUUAUGGCCUUGAAGCUGUUGGCAGCCCGUGCAGCGAGUUCGAAGUAGACAACGAGAACACAAUGCUUGUGAUGGAGCAAGCAGAGGGCAUGGCCCCUGAAGUGGAGAGCGCAGGGGAUGUCUUAGAAAUGGGCUUUAACGCAUGUGCUUGCCUUGAAAGUGCUUUCUCAGAGCCUUUGCAGGUAUACCUUCGGGAGAGCCUCGAUGGCGCUGAGUGCGAAAACACGGCAGAGAAGCUGUUUGCGGCUGUUCAAAGCCUGACCUCUCCUGCGCACGGAGUUAUUUCGAGCGAAGUUGCAGAAAAAAUCCAAGCGUAUGUGGAGGAAAACAGCGAAAAAAUCGAGUCGAUAAGUCUGCACAUGUGCAUGGAGUCAGACCAUUUGGUGGCUGAAGUUACGAUCAAGUUGCUGGAGAGCUUCUCAGACAUAAACAAUCUGGAGUGCCCUGGGUCCUUGAACUUCCUCUCCAUAACUGCUUUGCCUGUAGUAGAUGCUGAACAGCUGGGCAGCUCCUUGUUGGAGACUGUCUCUGGCCCCGAGAGUAAUCUAAUAAGCACGGUUGGGGAAAUAUGCAACAAUGUGGUUAAUUCUACCCCUGAGCUAAUUUCCCGCAUAGCAAGCAUAGGUUCCUUUCCUGUAGAAAACUAG